UCAUCCUAAAGCACAAACUUAUACCUAUCCCGCAUGAGGGAGGAAGUAUCGAAAUGUCUAAACUAAAUUAUACGGAGGAGACGGCAGGUGACCGAAAAUGUCGGAACGGUACAGAGGAGUUGACUGUGCUGUUUCUCAGGCGACUGGCGAAGGGAUUUCUGAGCGGAGUGGGAUUAUAUAGCGGUGUGAAGGUUAUCUCGGCUCUCAUGAGGAACCCCUUCAGGGAGAAAUUACCGAGCGCCAUCAGAGAGAUCUUUUCUUUGGACUGUCUUCGCUUUGCCUCCUUUCUCGGUCUCUACCCUAGUGUGUAUGAGUUACUAAGGGAACUUCUGGAGAAAGUCAGGAAAAAGAAGGACGGAUGGAACAAUAUGGCGGCCGGUGGAUUGGCGGGUUUGACUCUGUGUGUUGAGGAUCCGACACGGCGACUGGUCUUCUGUCUUUUUGCCAUAUCAAGGGCCAUAGGGGCCUUAAUCUCCACCCUCGUAGCCAGGGAGAAAAUUCCGGAAAUUCCGUAUUCGGAGACGGCUUUCUUCUGUUUGUGUUGUGCUUUCCUUGUCUAUUGCACAGCGCUGAAUCCACAGCUUCUGAAUUCCGGAUAUUACCACUCGGUACUCAAAUGGUCACGUGAUUACACAGACAAAAAACUACAAAAGUUAUUCAGAGAACCCGGGGAUCGAUUUCUAACCUGUCAAGAAGUUGGUUUGCACAAAGACAACUGUUUCCGCCACGCUGUUCUAGACUGGGCAAAAAGCUUUCCUGCAUUUGCUAAACUGUACUUUCCAAUUCACGUUGCGCCUGUCGUUAUAUUUAGGCGAAAAAUACUUCUUGAACAGCCAUACAGAGUCAUGAAAUCUCUCUUAAAGAACACUCUCUUCUCUACUGCUUUCCUGGCAACCAUGGUGAUGCUAGCCAAGUACGUGAUAUGUCUACUGAGAAACCUGUCUCACACGCCCCCACCCUUAUCCCCAUAUAUACCCGCUAUGGCUGGCUUAGUCUGCGGACUUGGUGUUCUAUUCGAACGCGCAUCUAGGCGGAAGGAGCUGUCGUUGUUCUUGGUUCCCCACACGCUUUAUGCGUUAUACAUGUGGACCAAGCAGAAAAACAUUUUGAGGGAUCUUCCGUUUGGCUCCGUAGCCUUGUUUGCCGUUUCCAUGGUUUCUGUGAUGCAUGCUUAUGAACGAGAACCCGAGUCUCUCUCUUUGUUGUUGAAUGGAGUGCUCAAAUACUUUAUUGGAGAGAGGACAAACGUGCGGGUGAGAAUCGGUAAGAGGGUGAGAAAAAUUAGCGAGAUGUUGGGAUGAUGAGAGUCGGAAGUAGCUUAUGACGACUUAAAACAUGGAAGCACUUUUUACGCUGUAUGAAUAUAUCAAAUAUUAUUCUAAUCCUAAUGCUGGAACUUGUAUUAAGAAACGUCCAUUCAAUGGCAUAUUUAUAUGAUAAUGAUUGAGAAUGCUACAGAAUUUCUGUGAUAUACGAUAUAAAUGCAACAGGCAACAUAUUUGAAGUAAUACUCAAGUGUCUCCUAUAUUUUACAUGUAUAUUACAUGUACGUUUAAUAAAAAAUAAAACACCA